GUUAUUAUUGAUAAAUAUACAGUUAUUGUUGAUUUUAUACUAUUAUUUUUUAUUUUAUAUUGUUAUUAUUCCAGCGAGAUUUCUAAUGGAGAAAGAGGGAAAGAGAAAAGAGCGUAUUUUAUUAUUAUAUAAUUAUUGUUGAUUUUAUACUAUUUAUUAUUAACUUUUACACUGUUUUCGCCCUUUGGUACGGUCCAUACAUGGUAAAGGUCCAUCACACCUCGUAUUGUAUUUCUGUUACCCAGCACACAAAACGCGCACUUCCUCAAAAUUAUCACAUCAUAUAUCCACCUCGGAUCUCUCUACUUGACUACUUCUCCACUCACUUCACUCUCAUAUUCUCUCUAUCUCCUCUUCUGCGCACUCUGUUCCACCGUCAUCGACCGCUUGAAACAUCAUCUCGUAAUUACAUUUUCCUUCAAUGUCUUUGUGCAAUGGUCUGAUGUCUUCUUCAAUUUGGAGAACUGAUUUUACCUUAAAUGGAAGCAUUGAUCUCAUACUUAGGCGCACCAAUGGGCACAAAUACUUCAAUCACCCAAUUUAUAGGGUUUUUGCGAUGUCCAAGGACAAUCAAACUGCCUACAAGAUGAAUUUGAAUGAGUAUAUGGUCACCUUAGAUAAGCCUCUCGGAAUUCGCUUCGCUCUUUCGGUUGACGGCAAGGUUUUCAUUCAUUCUCUCCGAAAAGGGGGGAAUGCGGAGAAAUCAAGGAUAAUAAUGGUAGGGGAUACUUUAAAGAAGGCAGGUGAUUCUUCCGAUGGCCAGUUUUUAGAGAUCAAGGACAUUGGUGAUGCACAGAGUAUGCUCAAGGAGAAAGUUGGAUCUUUUAGCCUUGUUCUUGAGAGACCUUUUUCACCCUUUCCAAUAGAAGAGUUACUUUCAAUGAAUGACCUUGAUAUUCUUUUCAAUAGAGGCCGUGUCCCUGUAGCCACAUGGAGCAAGACCCUAGUGGCUUCAGCUUUGCAGGGGUCUAGUGAGAGUGGUGGGAAUUCAGGUUUUGUAGUGUUCUCUUCAAAGUUUCUUGUAUCACGGGCAUGGAAGAUGCUGAAUGGGCAAAAUGGAAAUGGUUAUCUGUUAUCACAACAUAACAGUUUACCAGCAUCACUUACCCAGCUUGUUUGCAUAUCUGUGGAAGAAGAUUCCACUGAUGCUGAAUGGUCUCAUGGAAGCUUUCCGUUAGGUGAAUAUACCAAGGCAAUUGAUCGUUCUAAAGGAGAAAUCUACUAUAACCAUUCUCUUGGUAUGCAGUACAGCAAGAUAACUGAACAGUUAUAUGUAGGUUCCUGCAUACAAAGAGAAACUGAUGUUGAGGCUCUAGCGAGUUUGGGAAUCACUGCUCUCUUAAAUUUCCAGAGUCCGAUUGAAGCAGAAAACUGGGGAAUCAACUCUAAUUCUAUCAAGGAGUGUUGCCAUAAAUGUGAUAUUCUGAUGAUCAAUUACCCCAUAAGGGAAGGAGAUUCCUUUGAUAUGAGGAAGAAACUGCCAUUUUCCGUGGGACUGUUAUUGCGCCUGUUGAAAAAAAACCACCGAGUUUUUGUCACUUGUACAUCAGGGUUUGACCGUUCUCCAGCAUGUGUCAUUGCAUAUCUGCACUGGAUGAUGGACACUUCGCUAAAUGCAGCUUAUAAUUUUGUCACUGGACUUCACACUUGCAGGGCUAACAGGCCAGCAAUAGCUUGGGCAACAUGGGAUCUCAUAGCCAUGGUUGAUAAAGAUAGACAUGACAGGCCAGCGACCCAUGCUGUGAUAUUUGUCUGGAAUGGACAUGAGGGUGAAGAUGUGUGCUUGGUUGGGGAUUUCACUGGUAAUUGGAAAGAUCCAAUAAAGGCAGUGCACAAAGGAGGGCCAAGAUAUGAAAUUGAAGUUCGGCUACCACAAGGGAAGUACUACUACAAGUACAUUGUUAAUGGCCAGUGGAGGCACUCGAUGACUUCACCAACAGAAAGAGAUGAAAGUGGAAAUGUUAAUAAUAUCAUUAUGAUUGGUGAUACAGCAAGUGCAAGGCCCUCUGUCCAGCAACACAUAAAGGAUGCUAAUAUUGUGAAGGUCAUUGAGAGACAGCUGACAGAAAACGAGCGCUUUAUGCUGGCUAAAGCAGCACGCUGCAUUGCUUUCUCUAUAUGUCCAAUAAGAUUGGUGCCCAAGUAGCCCCUUAAACAAGCUUCUAAAAAGAUUAUUUUGGAAUGAAAGGCGAAGUCUUAUGAGAGUAUAAUCAAACCCAAAUGAGUAGCUGCGUAUUUGUGGUGUAUGUGUAAAAACUUGUAACAUACACGCUGUAAGAUUAUGGCAAGUUAAUAGAUGUCUAUGUGCAAGAUGAUACCGGAUGUGGAGGAUUUAAUUUGCCAUCUUUGGGCCUUAGUUGAUCAUUGAAGCCACUAUAAUGGAAAAAGGUAAUGAUACAAUGAAAAUUCUAGGAUGUAAAAAAUUAGGGAAAGCCUUGUGAAAACAAUUUUAUUUAGGAAAAAUACACUUUAUUAAUCCCAACUAUGACCAAUUUACUUUGAAUAAUCUCAACUUUCACCUCCGUUUUCUUCUAUCAAUCCCGAAAAUCGGUUACCUGCUGAAAAGGUUUUUUUUU